GAAAUUGUAAAAUAGGCACUUAGGGUUAACUUGGAUCUUUGUCCGAGAGGCGCUUCUGAACUCUCUUCUCUUUCAUCCAUCGAAGUUCUCAACGUUCGAUCUCAGUUUGUUAUUAGGUCAUGAGGCGAUACAGUCCACCGUGUCGCAGCCCUCCGAGGAGAGGAUAUGGCGGUCGAGGGAGCAGUCCUCCUAGACGUGGCCAUGGCGGACGUAAGGGCCCGAACCAUGGAAGCCUCUUGGUUCGGAACAUUCCGCUAGAUUGCAGGCCGGAAGAGCUCCGAGUUCCUUUUGAGAGGUUUGGACCUGUUAGGGAUGUCUAUAUGCCAAGGGACUACUAUUCAGGGAAACCCCGGGGGUUUGCUUUUGUGGAGUUUGUUGAUUCAUAUGACGCUGCUGAGGCUCAGCGGAGUAUGAAUAGGAGAAUAUUUGCUGGGAGGGAGAUUACGGUUGUCGUUGCUGCAGAGUCGAGGAAAAGGCCAGAGGAGAUGCGUGUGAGGACAAGGACCAGGGAACCUUCAAGCCAUGGAGGUCGAUCUUCAGGUUACUAUGGACGUUCUCGGUCACGUUCAGCUUCUCUUUCACGGUCUCCUCGCCGUCCAUCAGACUCUAGAAGCAGAUACAGAUCAAGAUCUCAUUCCCCUGCUCCAAGACGAAGGGCAGAUUACUCUACAUCUCCUGGGCGAAAGCAAGACGAACGUCCAAGAUCACCACGGGGUUCUACCCGGGAAGAAGAAGGCGGAAAAUACAACCGCAGGUCCUACUCCCCUGGAUUCGAGGAUGCUGCAGGUCGGGAUGGAAAUGGAAACAAUGAGUACAGAGAGAAAUCCGACAACGAAGCAGAGGAAAGGCGUCGCGAGUGGAAAUCACGGGCAAGAAGAGCAUCGAGAUCGGAAUCUGGAUCUCGGUCUGGGUAGGUCUGCUGACUUAUCCCCUAGAUGGAUGCCAUAUAAUUUUAAAAACUAAAAGCUGCAAGGUUAUAUGUGUCUAUGGUUCGUGUCUGUUCCUUGGUUAAGACACUGGUUUUUGGAACAGCAUGGGCUUGUAAAAGAUCUUUCUGUUUGCCGUCAUCGUGUGCGUUGAAUAAUUCGACUCUUUGGAUCGAAUUUCGAAUAAUAUGUUGUGUUGAUUUAAUGUUUAUUUUAGACUGA